AUGAUGAGACAGGCAACCAUGGAUUUCAGCACUCCAUCUGUGUUUGACCAGCAAAAAGGUGACUCAUCUGAGGAAGUUGACCUGACCAUGGUUUAUCAGGCAGCUUCUAAUGGAGAUGUCAAUGCUCUGACCUCAGUAAUUCGUGAAGACCCUUCCAUCCUAGAAUGCUGUGACAGUGAAGGAUGUACACCCUUGAUGCAUGCAGUUUCUGGACGUCAAGUGGACACAGUGAAGCUGUUGUUGAAGAUGGGGGCCAAUAUUAACAUGCAGGAUGCUUAUGGCCGCACAAGUCUAUGCCUGGCAACCUAUCUGGGUUGGCUAGAAGGUUGUGUGAGUCUGCUCAGGAAUGGUGCCAAGCACAAUAUCCCGGAUAAAAAUGGCCGUCUGCCACUGCAUGCUGCCACUGCUGAGCCCGAUGUGAGGCUCCUAACAGUGUUGGUGCAACAGUCAAAUCUCAGCGAGAUUAAUCACCAGGACAAUGAGGGAAUGACACCACUUCACUGGGCAGCUUUCCAUAACCGGCCUCAACACACCCAAAUGCUGCUGAAGAAAGGAGCAGACCCUACUCUUGUGGAUAAAGACUUUAAAACAGCUUUGCACUGGGCAGUCCAGAGUGGAAAUAGAAUUCUGUGUUCCAUCAUCCUGAGCCACCACCAGGGUCCAUCCAUAAUCAACUACGAUGAUGAGAGUGGGAAGACAUGUGUGCACAUCGCCGCAGCAGCAGGCUUCAGCGACAUUAUUAACGAACUGGCGAGAGUGCCUGAGUGCAACCUGCAGGCUCUGGAUGUGGACGACAGGACACCGCUGCACUGGGCUGCAGCUGCAGGGAAGGCAGACUGUGUGCAGUCACUGCUGGAGCUGGGCAUGGACAGCAACCUGCGAGACACCAAGGAGAGCACACCCCUGGCCUACGCCCUGUACUGUGGCCACACAGCCUGUGUCCAACUCCUCUCCCAAGAGAGUAGAACAGAGCCUACUCGACCCUUUCCUUCCCAGAGCAGUAGACCCCAGAAGAAGGAGGGACGAUUCAGCAUGCUCAACCAAAUCUUCUGCAAAAACAAAAAAGAAGAGCAGAAAGCCUAUCAGAAGGAUCACAGCAGGGAUCGACACAGGGGGGAGCACACCUCGGAAGUCGAUGACAUCAUCACCACCUUUGACGGCAUCGUGGAUACCAACUGCCAAGAAGGGCCAGGCGAUCAGGUGGCUAUGAUUGACCUUAGGAAGCGGACCUCAGAGAAUUCAAAAUAUCUCUUGCCAGAAAAGAAGCCUCUGGGCCCCAAGGGGCUUCCACCAAUCAGAACGCAGAGUCUCCCACCCAUCACCGUGGGCAGUCACUUCCUGACAGCUUCCCAGGGGGCCACUUCCCAUACUGGCCUGAGCUCUGGUAGUCAUCAUAUGGCCCAGCGAUCUCAGAAAAGCCGCAGUGAGCAGGACUUACUGCAUAACAGAACUGGUUGCCAAGCGUUGCUAGAUAACCCCUGGAGAGGUGAUUCUAACCAGGUGUUCUGUAAGGCUGGGACUGUGUCUUCUUCUGAUAAACUGCUGGACAGAUUGCUCACCAGUGGCUCUGGUCACCAGGAGGUCUUUGGGCUGCCACAUCUUCCUCAUCUACAUAAUCCUUCAUCAGGACAAAAUUUUCAGCAUCUGUCCCCAAACAGACCCCAAAUCAGGGAUCAUCCUUUCACCCGGAACAACCUAGCUCCCUUACCAGACCAAAAAUUUCUAUCUGGAGAAUCUCUGAGGACAAACCGAGUGCUACCUGCUAUUCCAAGCCAACGGGGACACAACACAGCAGGCAAAGAAAGUGAAAACUUUGUCAAUCCCACCAAUGAUGAGAAUUAG